CUCUCAUCUCCCCCAUAAUCCGGUCGUUUCCUUCCAGAUCCCUUGGGACCCUCGCCUGCUUCUAGGAUAUUCUCCUGAUCUCUUAAAGUCCUCAAGUGGUGCUGUCACUCGCUCUGACCUUUUUACCUGCCUGACCUCUUGCUCUCAUUUCCGUUCGGAUCUCCUCAAGUUCAGUUCAGGACCGUCGAAAUCCCGUUAACUUCACCUCACCGUCGUUGUCGUUGCUCGUGCUCCCCCGUACAUUCCGAGUUUCCUAGUGAACGAACAUAAUCAAUCCAACCACUCAUCCACCCGUCCACGAUAAUUCAAAUCCAAUCUUUCACAAUGGUUGCCUACAGCACUACCCUCCUGGCUCUUGCCAGCUCCUUGACCCUCGUCUCCGCCGACUACUGGGUCAACACUAGCAACAUCGACAUGGGCACAAAGCAGAACUGGUGCUUGAACGAACUGGCCAGCUGCCCCCUUAUUUGCCAGCAACAGGAUCUUGGUCCUAUCGAGAAAAACCUUUGCGAUGCUGACACCCUUGAAUACGCAUGUGUUUGCGGCAACGGCCAGACUCCCAACUUGACCGAGUACACUUUGACGAUUCCUUACCACACUUGCGUCUACUGGGUUCAGGAAUGUAUCCAGGACAACACGGGCGACAACCUUGCGCAGGCCGCCUGCGCCGCGGACCACCCAUGCGGUGCUAAGGACCCCAAGAGAUCCAACGCGACCACGACGUCGACUGCUUCCAAUACCGCCAGCCCAACCGCUUCCAGCACAGGCACUGGCGUCUUCACAGGACUUGCCGGCGAGAGCAGCGGUGGUGCGGAUUCGAGCAACAACGGCGGCCACAAGAAGAACGCCGCUCCCCGCAUGCUGGAGUCGAUUGGCGCGACCCUUGUCUUUGGCAGUCUCUUUGCUGGUUUCGCCAUCAUGCUCUAGGCUAGCGUUUUUUUUGACGUUUGCGGUCGUACCGGAUGUGCGUCGAGCUUUUUGGGGGGGGGGGGGAUCAAAUGUGAAGGCGAGAGCCGUUUUCACAAAAGA